CUAAUAUAUGUUGCGUUGACCAGGCUUUUGUGUGCAUGGCAAAGUAACUGGUUCUUCCUGCGCGAUAAUUACGCUUAGUUCUUAUUGCUAUAACUCUAGUGAGCAGUAAGCUAUCGAUGAGUGCCGAGCCUGCAAGGAAUACGCGCACUCGGAGCGAGGGACCUUCAGCAGCCAACGGCGGAGAGCAGCCCCAGCCAGACCCGCUUCAGGUCCGCCAGGCACUGGUGACGGCGGCAGAGCUCAAAAGCCUCAAACCCGGACGGGCGGUGUACGCACGCAGCGGCGGCGUGUUCCUGCUAUCCUCACGUGACGAGCAGCUGGCCAGGGCGACGGACGAGCUAGCCAAGCUACAGGAGGCGCCGUCAAAGCAGCAGUAGCAGCGGUUGCAGCAGUCGCGGCAGUAACAGGAGCUGCUAUAAAAUCGGCUGUAG